AUGCAUGUGUGCGUGCGUGUGUGUGUGUGUUUCCCCUAUGCGCUGCAGGCUCUGCCCGAGACUUUGAAGUCAAAGUGGGAUAGCCCGCAAUUUGCGCAGUACAGAGAUGCCUUCCCGGCAGAAUACAGGUCGUCUCAGGCGGCAUUCGAGGAGCACGUAAAGGACCUUGUGAGCCGUGACGUCAAGGCCUCAUACCUAAAGAGCCUACAAGGCUACCUCUGGGAGAAGGGCUACAAGUCGGGAGAGCUGAAGGCGCCCCUUUUCGAGGACGUGCCGCCGAAGUUCGCAUCAUGGCGAAAGGAUAGGCUCCGGGUCAUGAUCUACUCCUCCGGCUCAGUGCCCGCCCAGAAGCUGCUGUUCAGGCACACCAACGCGAAGCCGUCGGAUCUGACGCCUCAGAUUACGGACUUCUUCGACACAGUCAAUGCGGGACCCAAGACUGAGGCGGCCAGCUAUGAGAAGAUCGCUGGCAAGUACAAGAGGUACGCUCCGAACGAGUGGCUGUUCUUGAGCGACAACGUCAAGGAGGUCGAAGCGGCAAUCGCGGCGGGCAUGCAGAGCUACGUUGUUGAGCGACCAGGCAAUCCGGAUCUACCUAAGGACAUCCAAAAGCGGCACAAGGUCAUACGGAACUUCGAUGAGCUCGACAACAUAGGGUCGUAG